AUGGUGGCCCUAGGAGCUGAGAUUGAUCCCCAACUGAUAGCCAGUGAGGACGUGGAAAUCUCAGUCCUACAACUGCAAGGAACUGAAUUUCUGCAGCAGCCACUAUUUGAUGAAGAUACCCCAAUAUCCAAGCUGGUGCAUGAUGAGGCUGCUGGGUUAUCUUUCAGGAAGGCUGAGACUUCACCCCCAAAGCCCAUCAGACUGCAUUUGCCCUGGAUAACCAUCUAUCAGUUCUUAGUUAAAGCGGUAUUUGCAUGCACACCAAAUCUUUCAAUGUUUGUCAUUUGUCACUGGGAAAGAAAAUUACAUUCAUCAGAAUCCAUUCAUUCUCCCAGUCUCGCUGAACACAGGAUAAUCUUGGCUGUGUCAGCUGCCCUAGGACUGGUAGCCGUGGAAAAUAGAGGUCAGCUCUGCAAAGCCAAGCUGAAGAACCUGGUGCCUUUGAAGCAGAGCUACAUGCAUGCCCAGCCUAGACUAAGAGAACCUGAAUUGGGAGAAAGAGCAGGAGCUGGAGAAGCCAUGAGCGCAGCUGUUACCCGGCACCCAGCUGAGGAGCAGCAAUCCACCUAUCUGGAGUCCUCCAGCCAUCUGCCUAGUACCAUGUCUGUGGUGGAUCGGAUCAUCUUCUGUGUCUUCUUAGAAGUCGAUUUUAAAAUCUACAGAAAGAAAAUGGGCGAGUUUUUCCCUGCAGAUGACAAUAAUGAAGAAGAUGUUGACGUGAAAGAAGAUUCAGAGGUGUUAGAGCCAAAAGGCCUCUCUCCACCCCACAAGAAGAGCAAAGCAAAGAAGCCACAAUGUUCCAAAGACUCUAGCGAAGAUGAGAACAGUCCAGAGGAAAAACCAAGCACAGAAGAAACAGAAGGGCAGAGCCAAGAAGCAGACGGUGUCAAUGUCACAACGGCGUCCAGCCCUGCUUCAGAAGAGGCCACUGAAGUCUGUAAAGAUGAAGAUUCUGCAAAGGACAACAGUAUUACAAAAGACAAUGAAGUAACAGAUCAUUCUGUGUGUGACCAAGAUCAUCCUAAUGGACAAGAACAUGAUUCAACGAAGAAUGACAUAAAAAUUGAGGCGGAGUCCCAGAGCUCACAUAUGGAAACUGAAGAGCUUUCAACAAACCAAGAAGAUGCUACAACUGUGGAGCCACCAGAAGUGAUCCCGCUAACAGAUGACCAAGAAGAAAAAGAAGGUGAAAAAGCUCAAGGCAAGGAUACACCUAGUGUUCCUGUGCAAAACGAAGGCUCUGGCAACACAGAAAACUCUCCAAGUCCUGAUGUUGAAAUGAAUAGUCAGGUUGACAGUGUAAAUGACCCAACAGAGAGUCACCAAGAAGAUUAA